CGCCAUUCAAACCGCGAAGCAGGGCAUGCUGGGAAAUCCUUCCAAACAUGGCGGAUCGGGUAGUUGGCUAACAUUAACAGUUAGCAUAUUGUACGAUUGUUUCGUGAACUACAUCAGAAGGUUGCAGCCGUCUGCUUUCAUCUACACAGGAGCCGAAGCCACUGGACAUAAUCUAGUGUCGAGUACGGGAGAAGGACACCAGUGACAAUAAGACAAAUCAAGGACAGGGGGACAAUGGAAUGUGUCGUGCACGUUCCUUCAGGUGAGGAGGAGGUGGCACCUGAGAAGGAUGACAUGAAUGCUAAGGAAGGAAUAGAGCCCCCCCACAAGAAAAACAAGAAACACAGAAAACACAAGAGCAAAAAGAAAAAGAGGAGGAAGAGGGACGAGAAGGAAAGCAGUUCAGAGUCUGGUGCGGAGUCGGAUGUAGAGUCACAACCUCCACCAAAACCUGUCAGGACCACCAGAGCCAGUGCCAGAUUGGCAGCAGCUUCAGACCAUACUGGACAGAAGGAGGAGGGUAAAAAUGAUGUAAUCACAGACCGUUCAGAAACAGAGGUGGAUGCAAAAUCUAAAAAACACAAACGACAUGCCGCCAAGAAGAAGAAGAAGAAAAAGAAGAAGGAUGAAAAACAGGAAAAGAAAUCCCUGUCUCGCUCCCCAACAGAAAGCAGCUCAGCCUCAGGUUCUGAAUCUGAAGGUGAAGGAGGUAAAGGGGCUGGUGAUAGCAAGUACUCAUCAGCUGCAAAGUCUGAUCUGCAAGAACCAGUGUCCAAAUUGCUUCCAAAAAGUAAACGAGGGGAGGAGAAGGGAGCUCCCAUUCUUUCCCAGAAGCCUGAGUUCGCUGAAGUGAACAAAGAGGAGAAUUCAGACAUGAAUGCAUCUCCAGUUGGAGGAAGGAGUGGUAAUACCAAUGGAUCAGAACAGGAUAUGAGUUUGUCCUCGGCAGGCCAGGAUGAGAUCAAACAUACAGCAGCAGUUCAGGUUAAAUCAGAAGGGAGUCAUGCUGAUGGUGCAUUCAGUUAUACCCAGGAACUCCCCGACAUCAUCCCUAAACAGGAAGGUGCUACCCCAAGAGAUGACUCAGUCCUGAAAGAUCAGGCCAAUUCAGUUCAGAGGUCAAAGGCCAAGGAACAUGAUUCUUCCAGGUCUAAUUCUCCAUCCCCCUCAAGGGUUCCAGAUAUUAAGAGGUCUGGCUCAAGUCGAAGCCGGUCACCAACCCCGAGCCCCACUAGGCUGCAGUCUGAUACUCAACCAGUGGUAGCAAUUGAAGAAUGCUCAAGAAUCCAUUCCAGGUCAACCUCAAAGGGAAAAAUUUCCACAACUCCUCUAAAGAAUCGUCAGCUAUCCCGCUCUCUGUCCCGCUCUCAGUCCCCUAAACCUAGAAGGAAGUCCCUCUCCCGAUCAUCAAAAUCUCCCAAAAGAGCUACCUCUCGAUCACGGUCUUCCUCUCGCUCUCCAACCCCCAAGAAGAAGGUUUCAAAGCCUCCGAGGAAGUCUAAGUCUCCUAAAAGUCGUAGAAGAUCAGUUUCUGCCUCCCCAAAGCGACGCAGAAGAUCCCUAUCCCCUAAAAAAAAGGUGUCACGAUCCCCUAAACGUGGUGGGCGCAAGUCACCCUCUCUAUCGCGUUCUCCAAGGAGAAAUCGGAGGUCAGAGUCGCGCCCCCGUGGAGGCACAAGGCGCUCUAGAUCCCGCUCACCCAGACGAGGUGGUGCAGUGGGAAGGCGUUCAAGGUCACGAUCCGUCAACAGAGCCCGUCGGUCCCCCUCAAGGUCAAGACGCCCUGCUCGUCGAUCCAGGUCACGAUCACCAGCAAGACGUACUGGAAGUAGACGCUCCAGAAGUCGAUCCUUGUCUCGCCGUAAGAGGUCCCCUCCCCCCAGAACCAGACGCUCACGCUCCCGGUCCUUCCGCAGGAGCAGACGGACACGAUCACGGUCAAUUGUAGUCCUUAAGCGCAACCGUCGCUCCAGAACCAGAAGUCCCCGUAAACGGACCAAAUCCAGGACCCCUCCUUCAAGACGACGGUCUAAAUCAAGGACCCCAGUCAGACGGCGGACUCGAUCUCCUGCCAGGAGAAACCGUUCUCCGCUGAGGUCUGGCAAACGGUCCAAAUCUCGCUCAUUGUCUCGAAGGCACAGGUCAAAGUCACACUCGCCACUACCUGGCAAGAGGAGGUCCAGAUCUCCCAAGAAGAACAGAAGGUCAAAGUCCAAAUCGGUGUCUGCAGGUGUGAACAGAUCUAAGUCCAGGUCUUACUCAAGUGAUGGGCAGUCUGAGAGCUCCUCACCAGCCAGGUCCACCCCUUCCUCUCCUGUUAAGAAGAAGGAGUCGGUCUCUCCAAAGGUGGACCAGACAGCCGGUGUUAAGACAACUGAAGAAAGUGUGGGACUGACAGCUACAGCAGGUGUGUGGAAACCCAUGCCCUCAGCAGAUGUCUCCACCCCUCAGCCCGAGAGCCCCUCAGAUAAGUUGCAGCCUCCGAUGCUUGCUCCCAACCACGAAGAGGAACAUGGAGAUCCUGCCAGCUCAUUAAAUGAGAAAGAUGUGUCCAGGUCAAGGUCUGGUUCCAGAGAGCCUGGGACCGGCCCAGAUGGGUCAAAUUGUUCAGAGGGCUCAGAUGAAGAAGUGGAGUCUUCCUCUCCAGUUAAACCAGCCUUGAUACGCCAGAGAAGCUCCUCAGGUUCAGCUUCUCCGGAAGUGCAGCAGAAGCAGUUGUCACCAAUGGAUCGCAGGAAACUGUCACGCUCAACCUCAUCGCCUAGACGAUCAACAUCAAAGUCUACAACCAGGAAGAAGCAAUCUAGGUCCAAGUCUCCAGUCAGAAAAAAGGAGUCUGUAUCGCCGUUAGAGAGAAAAAAACGACGGUCUAAAUCUCGGAGUCCUGCACGAAGGCGGAGGUCUCGCUCUGGCGCAAAGCGAAAGCAGUCAAGCUCCAAGUCAAGAAACAGAACCCGCAGAUCCAAGUCCCCAACCCGCAAGAGGCGAUCCAGAACUCGUUCACCCAAUGCCCGCGGAAGGAGGAGGUCCAAGUCCAUCGAGAGAAGCAAGCGAUCCAAGAGCCGCUCCACAGGUCGACGGAAAAGGUCCCGGUCAGGAGACAGAGGCAGACGAUCAAGGUCUCGUUCCACUGAUCGCAGACGCAGAUCUAGGUCGAGGGGGAGAGGGAGACGCCCGGUGUUUCGCAGUCGUUCGUUUGACAGACGGGACAGGUGGAAAAGGGAACCAAGCCACUCUCCGGUUCUCAUUCUACGUAAGCAGCGUCGCUCAGGGUCCCGGACAAGACGCAGCACCAGCAAGACUCCUCCAAGGCUCACUGAACUAGACAAGGACCAGUUAUUGGAGAUAGCAAAAGCUAACGCUGCUGCCAUGUGUGCGAAGGCCGGGGUUCCCAUUCCUGAAAGUCUUCGGCCGAAAGCCAUCCUCCAGCUCCCUCUACCCACACCAUCUCCCACCCCCCUCUCCCUACCCCUGCCUUUACCUCUCCCAAUGGGUAUGGGGAUGCCCAACAUGCCCAACAUGGGUCCAAUGGGGCUGCCUAAUAUUCCAGGAAUGCCCAGUAUGUCCAACAUCACCAUGAGUGCUGCCAUGGCGAGUAUGACAGCAGCGACCAUGACGGCCGCCUUGACCAACAUGGGUGCCCUGGCUGCCAUGCCGCCUCUUGCCCCACUACCUACCAUCACCAACAAGCCUCCACCAAGCCUCGCUCCCCCAGCACCUACCCUCAACCUGGACCACAUCGAGGAAGUUAAGAGGAAGGUCACUCAGCAAGCCAACAUACACACCAUCAAGGAGCUCACUGAGAAGUGCAAGAUGAUUGCGAAUAGCAAGGAGGAGAUGGCUAUUGCGAGACCCCAUGUGUCAGAUGAUGAAAGUUAAACCUGAAAGUUCUCACGCCACUCCCUGCAAAGGCCUGAGGGGAAAAUGUAAAACAGGAGGACCUGCCUCUCAGAGUUCUCUUUGGCAGCCAGAUGUCCUGACUGAGCCACAAAAACCGCCAAGAAGAAGUUCAUCCUAGUUGUCACACUUAUGGUAUAGGAGAACCCAUACCAGCCACUGCCCCUCUCAGCUCUCCUGUUUGUUCCCGUUUGUGUGAGAGAGACAGAGAGAGAGAGAGAGAGAGAGAGAGAGAGAGAGAGAGAGAGAGAGAGAGAGAGAGAGAGAGAGAGAGAGAGAGAUGGUCACCUGUGAAACCACUGACAAGACUGGACACACAGACGUGUGCACGGUUGUCUGACUGUACGUCAUGUAUAGUGAGUGUAAGUGUGUGUGUGAAUGUUGAAUGAGUGUGUGUGUGUGUAUAAAUAGUGACUUUCACCUAAAACUCCUCAGUGUCGCUGCUCAUUUAAGCAGCCGCUGUCGUAAUGACUGAAGAGAAAACAAACCAAACUAACAAGCGGCGCAAGUGUUUUUGUAAAAAAUUAGUUUAUCUAAAUUUGUUUUAAUUUUACGCUUUCUUAAAGGAUUGUGUUAGGUGGAGACCGCCUCCCUGUUCUGCUGUGUCCCCUCAGUUAUCUCUGGCCCCUGGUUUUAAAAACAAAUAAUUCUGAUAGUUUUCUUUGAUCCUCACAUGUGAUUUGUGUCCUUAAAUCCUGGAUAGAGUGACCACAUGUUGUGAAUCCUGGAACAGGGUGGGAGAGUUGAUGAUUCUGAAAGAAGAGAAUAAUUGAAUAUAUUGGCUAAAAAAUUGUCACUUUGAUUGACUAAACAUCAGUCAUUCAGUGAAUUUAAAUGCACCAGGCGUAUCUUUGACUUUAAUCGGGUCUUUUAUUUGGGUUUAUUUGGAUAUUUUUCUAAAUUUAAAACAUUUUUGUUGCUGACUGAAAUGAAACAUUUCAUCAACCCCAGUUUUUACACCUCUAUUCUAACAUGCAAUGGUUUGUUUUGCAAAGAAAACCUUCAAUAUUUGAUUACAAUUGAAGAUGCAGUAAAGAAAACCGUUAGUACUUGCUGCUAAUCUUCAUGAUAGCAUUUUAGAAGACAUUUGUGUAAACAAUUUACAGUUCUGUUUUUAUCAACUGGUUUUUGGAUCGAAUUUCCACAAGUGUUGUUUGAAGGAUGCUGUUUUCUUUCUGUGAUAAAGUUAUAAGAUAUUCAGAGUUUGUCAACAAAACAGAACCUGCCAUAAUCCAAAUCAAGAUUGCAACUACCAAAUUAAUUGGACUGUGAAACAUUAAUCUUAAGCAGUAAUAUUUUCCCUCCUGGUAAGAUAGAGAGGUAAAGAAACUCCCCAUAAAUGUCAAACUGUAAAUGGAGGAAUUUAACACAAAGAUUUACUUUGAUAUAUCCUGUGUGGUUGAACAACUGGUAUUUUUGAAUACCCUUUCCUUUGCUUUUCUCCUUCUGUUCUCCACGAAAUAUAACUUCAGUCUUUUUUGUUGUUUUUUUAAAGGUCACACGCAUUACACCAGUCACCUAAUGGUUACUAAUGACUUGUUGUGGUUAGAUCUAGUGUAGAAGGGUUAGUAUUUUAUUGGACUGUGCCAUUCAUAUUUUUAUGUACAAGACAAUCAGGUUCUGUGUUCAAAAUGUUUUUUUAUUGGGGAGAAUUUAAACCUCAUAUCUGCACAUAUUGCAGCAUUAUGUUCAGGAAGGAAAUUAGUAGAGAAUUUCAAAUAAGAUGAAAAGCCAACUGGACCUUUUAAUUGAACCCACAGACACAUUUAAAACACAUUCACUUGUGAACUUUCCCCUGACCAGUUGUAGGUCUUCUGUCACUGUAAAUGUGGACUGUGUUUGGUAGACUUCUGUCCCAUUGAAUAUCGCAAGAACAAAGUCGAAAUUGGUGCUUUUGGGGAAACUGGCAGAGUUCAUUUUCUUGAGAGCGGUUUCUCUUUGUCGACCUCCCACACCCAGGGCUUUGCAACUGUGGAAGAAAUCUGUGAAGAUUUUGUCAAACUGUAACUAUCCUUACUCUGUACCAAAAGUUUUGAACUGUUAAGUCGAUCCCCUGAGGUUGUCUUUAGCUAUUUUAAUGACAGAAAAGUAAGUAAAGGAAGUGCAUUUUAAGGAUUCUUUUUUUUUGGUCAUUGGAUUUUGACAUUGCUUGCUUUGUAUAUAAAUGUGUUGAUGAUAAUUAAAACCUCAAUGAUCUGUA